AUGAAUAAAUCAUCAACACCGGGUAUAAAACAAAUUCAAUAUGAUCGUCAACUUCGUCUAUGGGGUGAUCAUGGACAAAAAGCAUUAGAAUCUGGCCGUGUUUGUUUGAUUGGUGCUAAUGCAUUAGGUACAGAAAUUCUUAAAGCUCUUGUUUUACCUGGUCUUGGUUCAUUUACAAUUAUUGAUCAUGAAUUAGUCACAUUAGCUGAUUGUGGUUCGAAUUUUUUUGUUCAUUCAUCAAUGAUUAAUCAAUCACGUGCCCGUAUUACUUGUGAUUUUUUAACACAAUUAAAUCCUGAUGUACAUGGUAUCUACAUUGAUAAACCAUCUAUUGAUGAUUUACUUAAACAAAAUACAUUUGAUUUUAGUCAAUUUAAUAUUGUUAUUACGGCUAAUCUAUCAAUAAAUACAUUAAAUAUUCUUGCUAAUCAUUUAUGGAUGCUUAAAAUACCUCUACUGGUUGCUCGUAUUUAUGGUUUUAUUGGUACAAUUCGUCUUCAAAUAUUUGAACAUUAUGUUAUUGAAGCACAUCCUGAUGAUACAAUACCAGAUCUUCGUCUUGAUCAACCAUUAAAUACAUUUAUUAAUUAUUGUAAUUCAAUUGAUUUGAAUUCUUUAACACGUGAAGAACAUUUACAUUUGCCAUCACUUAUUAUUCUAUUUAAAACAUUACAAAUUUGGCAAAAACAACAUAAUAGAAAUGAUUUACCACAUACACAUAUAGACAAAGAUGAAUUUAAAAAAAUUCUCGAUCAAUUAUCCCAUCAUUCAUCAUAUGAUAUUCAUGAUAAAGAAAAAUAUCUUGAAAAUUUUGAAGAAGCUAAACGAACAAUACCAUCACGUCUUGUUAAAACAAAUCUUCCAUCAACAAUAAAAGAAUUAUUUCAAGAUCAAUCUUGUUUAGAAUUAUCAGAACAAACAAAUAUAUUUUGGUUCAUUAUUCAUGCAAUAAAAUUAUUUAGUGAAAAUGAAGGACAAGGUUUAUUACCUGUUCGUGGUGAAGUACCAGAUAUGAUAACAAAUACAGAUUCAUAUAUUAAAAUUCUAAAAAUUUAUCAAGAACAAGCAAAAAAAGAUUGUGAAAUUGUUAAUAAUUAUCUUUUUGAUUUAUUAAAAAAAUAUCGUUUAUCAAAUGAAUAUAUUGAUUCAUAUGAUCUUGCUGAAAUCUAUUGUAACAAUGCAUCAUUUUUAAAAGUAUUAAGAACAACAGCAAUAAAAAAUGAAAAUAAUUUAAUAGAUGAAACAGAUUCAAAUCUUUCUUGGUAUAUUGGCUUAUAUCUAUGUGAUUUGUUUUAUGAAAAAUUUCAUCGUUAUCCGGGAGAAUUUCUUUCCGAUGACAGACAAUUUGAAAUUGAUUUAAAUGAUUUAAAACAAAUAAGUAAAAAACUAUCUAGUAAAAAUUUUAUGAGUGAUGAUAAACAACAAAUUCUUGAAGAAUUAUGUCGAUAUGGAGCAUCAGAACUUCAUUCAAUUGCUGCUUUUAUUGGUGGAUGUUGUGCACAAGAAGCAAUUAAAUUAAUAACACAUCAAUAUAUUCCUAUUGAUAAUACACUUAUUUAUAAUGGUAUUCAACAAUCCAUAAAUAAACAAUACAAUCAAAUCAAUGCUGAUCCAAUUCUUAUUGAAAUUGCUUGGACAGCUCAUGAUUAUGAUCUUCAUACAAUUCCUUCUUUACAACUUGUUACAAAUCCUCUUGUAUCACGUCAAUUUUCACCAAUUAGUAACAAAAUAUUUACAAAUUUACAACAACUCAAUGCUGAAUAUGCUCGAUAUGCUGUUUGGUUUCCUUAUCCGAAAUUAGCUGUUGCUGAACUUGAUCCACCAUCAGGUUUAUUUCAAUGUAGUAAUGUUGGUGAAAAUUAUUCAAUACAUUUGUCAUGUGAACAAGGUGGUGGUGUAAUAAGUAAAAUUGAUUUUGCAUCAUUUGGAACAGCUAUUGGUGCUUGUGGUCAAAUGAAACAAGGUACAUGUAAUGCAGCAAAUAGUUCAGAUAUUAUUCAACGAGCAUGUAUUGGUCAACAAAAAUGUAGUGUUACAGCAAGUACUGAUCUUUUUGGAGAUCCUUGUACAGGUACAUCUAAACGAUUAUUAGUUCAAAUUGAAUGUAAUCCACCACAAAAUAAUACCUAUUGGAAUUUCACUCAUAUAGAUCCAAUGUUAGAAGAUUUUCUUAAGGCAACUGAUGGUCAUUCACGUAUCAUUUCAUUUUCUACUCAACCUACAUGGCUCUUUCAACAAGAUACACCACAUAUUUAUCCAGAUAAUGCAACAUAUGUUGAUUGGGGAUAUCCAGUUGGAACAAAAUUUAUUGAUGAUACAAUGCAAACAUUAGGUGAUUAUUAUGGACGUCUAUUUGCUUGGUAUACACGUGGUGGUUUUAUAGAUGAAUAUGGUUUAAAACAUAAUUCAGGAUAUGAAUAUGAUUGGGAUUAUACAGAAAUAUUUAAUGAAGUUGAAGCAGAACACCAAAUGACUGUUGAAUAUUAUACUCGAGCAUAUGAUGCUGUUAUUCAAGGUAUUCGACGACAUACAAAUAAUUAUGAUAUGAAAUAUGUCGGCAUGGCAUUGGGAAAUCAUAAUGAAUUUGAUUGGUAUCGAUAUUUUUUAAAUCAUUCAAAUCAUGCACCUGAUAUUCCACUGGAUAUGAUAUCAUAUCAUUUUUAUGCUAUUGGAAGUUCACGUAUUGAUCCUCAAAGUUGGGAGUCAUUUUUUACUCAACUUGAUACAUUUACAUUUGAAGUUGAACAAAUUGAAGAAAUUCGAAAAAUUCUUUCACCAGAAACACGAACAACUAUCGAUGAAUUAGGUGUUAUUCUUUCUGAUGAUAAUAAUCCAAAUGCACCAUUAUUUCCAUUAAUUUAUUGGAAUGCAGCUGCUGCACUCUAUGGUUAUGCAUGGGGAAAAAUAUCUCGAUAUGGUAUUAAUGUUGUUGGACAUAGUCAACUUGUUGGUUAUCCACAAUUAUCUGAUCUUCAGCUUCAACCUCAAUAUCCAAGUGUUGCUUUACUCAACUGGACAACAGGUGAAGGAACAGCUAAAUAUUGGACAUCUAAAUUAUUAAUUGAUACAGUUGAUAUUGACAAUGAUCAAGGUGUUAUAACUCGAACAACCGAUAUUAAUAAUCAAAAUAUUUUUAGUCAAGCAUUUAUUGGUAAAAAUAAUCGACGAUGGGUUUUAAUUAUUAAUAAACGAUAUGCUAAUGUUGACGUAUUUUUACCUGGAUGUACUGGUGGUCGAAUGCAAAUUAUUAAUGAAGCAUCAGGUUUUGGACCAGCUACUGAAGUUACAUUAACAUUAAGUCGAAUAACAUUAAGUCCAUAUGCUAUUGCUAUCGUUCAUAUGCCUGCUACUGAUGUUUAA